CAGAAACUAGUAAUCAGAGAGAAUCAAUAGGCUAUUUGCAGCUUUCUUUCUGUCCUGGGACCAGUUUGAACGUUCUCCUCUAAAAGGAAAUCCAUGGCGCUACUUAAGAAAAGCAAACGACCAAGUCAUCUUCAACCACCCCCUUCAAAAUUCAAGCUACUUGAAAGGGAACGUUGGUUCAUUUUGGACGGUGUGGCUGUGGACAGGAUAGCCAAAGACUACAACCAUUCUUUGCCAAAGCUGGGCUCUGUUAUUCCUCCUUAUGAUGCUCAGCGCGAUCCACAUGCAACUGCCUAUUUUGCAAGCAAGCCUGUGCUUCCUUUACUCCAACAAAUGGGACAGGCAAACAGACGGCUGUCAAGUUAUGAACGACUCGUGCAACAUUUCCAGCACAGAGGAGAUGCAGCUCUUUAUUUGUUGAACAGAAACAAAGCAGGAUCAGGUCAUUCUGCGGCACAGGUGAGUGGGCAUCAACUGUUUCUCAGCUCAAAUAAACCUGUGCUUGGCUAUAACGGAGCCUACGGCUACCGAAGGAACACACCCUCUCUGCGCAGGCAACCCUCGUCAUUUGGGAGCGUCACCAACUUGCCCCUUCAUUAGCUAUUUUCCACCAGGGCUCUCCCCCUCUGCAAGUAACCCACCCGAAUACAAAGCAAAUUUGUGCUGGAUGCAGUGAGAAUUUUGAUCAGCAAUAAUGAUGGACAAAUUAAUAUUGUGGGAUUUUUCUCAUGUAUAUAUUAUGGUAUGGCUUCAUAACAGAGCUCCUUGGUCACAUCGGGAUGGGUGGGUGGGUCAGAUUUUAGCAGAUACUUCCCACUAACAACAUGAUUGGAGAAACUAUUAGCUAGUGUGAUGGAAGUCCACUGCAUGAAACAUGAGGGCUUCCUUGUUUCUGA